AGUGGUUGCAGGCAAGUGACCAUUGUGAACAGCUGGAGCUGGAGGCAUCGUUUUCAAUCGACCUCCACUCAUCAAACAUUAGUGGCACCGUGAUUUCGAUGACGUGUUGAGGAGUCUAUUUCUUCGUGCCCUAGGGAGCGUUUCUCAUCUCAGCCUUGGGGAUUUUCUUUGAGGUUCAAGAAUCUAGAUGUUGCAACUGCAACAUAAAGAAUCCUCUUGGACAUACGACAUUUGGGACAAAUCAAUCCAACAGUCUAGAACCCCACUUUCAUUUCAUCCUUUCAGUCUCCUAUCUCUUUUUCUUUUGGAAUCCGUGGGAUUCCGUGGCAUCACCUGCAUUCCCGUUUGGUUCAUGGGUUCCCAUUCCGUUCCUUCAAGGACACAAAACUGUCAGAACUCAUAGAGUUCAAGCUCACCUUGCAGAACCCCGAGGAUCUGGAUGAGAAGGACAAAGACUACAAUCGCUGGCUGGUGGAGACCAUGGAUGCCACUUCGGGACUUGUCCUGAACUCAAACCGCCUGUCCUGGUUGAGCUUCGAACCUUUGCCCAUGUUUACCGCAGAGAUCGAUCCAGAGGACGUGGUGAUUGCCGCAGCCACUAAUCUUACAAUCUCUCUGAGAGUCUUGGGCACAGUUUCCAUCCCAGCUUUUUCAUCAAUCCUCUUGGAGAUCAUGGCCCCGGUCUCUUACAGAUUUGAGGACGACUGCUUGGACACUACAUCCCAAGAUCCAUUGCCCUUUGUACAAAGCUGUACAUCAAUUGGGCGCUUGGCACAGGUUAUGGGAGUUCUUGCGGAGGACUUUGUUUGGCAGCCUGGAACGAGCUUUGCAGUGAAGCUCCGAAUGGCGCAGAAUGGAGAUCUCUCCAGCAACAAUAACAAUGGCUGGUUUGCCCAGCUGUGGGCUAGUGCCGCCAAUGACACAGAGCUUAACAGGACAUCGGAGCGCGACGAAGUGCUGCGAGUGGGACCUGCGAUCGUGAUCCGAGAUGCUGCUGCUGCUCUUUGGCAAGCGAACUCGGGCGCGGGGCGCUCCAAGAUCCUGCGCACUGAUGACCGGCUGUUGAUCAUUGACACCUCCUGGUUGGUGACGAAAGGCAUGACAGUGGGUCCCUCUGAUGUUGCUGUGCUGCUUGCAGAUGGUACCUUUGGGACCACCUCGGCCUUAGCCUUGCACAACGCCCCUGCAGAUGAUCGUCCGCGACCCGUGGGUCGUGACCUCAAGGAGCUGGUGUACCGAACACCUUUCAGAGGCUAUAGCGUGGAAGGCGCAAGGGCCGCCAUUGGUGUCGGCAUCACCUACCCUCGAUUAGAAUUGACGUCAUUCGUGGUAGGCGUUCAGAUUGCCCUGGCGACAGCACUGCGGUUAGCCGCCAUACGAGUUGCUUCACCACCGCAUUUUACUUUCUCCUGUGACCAGAUUGAAGCUGGGAACACCCGACUUCUUGCGGCAAGGUCCAGUUCUAUUCCAACAUGCCGAGUGAUUGUGAGCCCUUUCGAGUCGGUUUUGCAGAUCGAGAGCCCAGAAGCUGGAGGUCCCUUUGGCUAUGAUGCAGGUAUGCAUUGGUGGUUUGGAGGACAGCUGCAAGUCACUUCUGCCUCUGGAUGGACAGAGGAGAGGAGCUCUUGGGAAGUGGAACUGGCCGAUGAUGUUGGUGACUUCCGCCUGCGGCUGCAGCCCACCCUGGCGAGCAAGGACACUGGAGGAUGGCUCUUGGCCUUUGACGUGCUGCCGACAUUGACAGGCCGUGGAGAGACGACCUUUGUUGAUCUCCGCUUCUCAUUGCGAUUCUUCCACCCCAGCGAUGGGUCGGUGCCGCCGGAGGACAUCUGGAAUGUCUUUAGCCAGAGCAUUCAGCUGCUGAUACGAGCUCCGCAGAGUGUGCCUUUCGACCGAGCGGAAUUCCCCGAAGGAACCUGCGACGUCUCGGGAGAAGACCUGCUCUUUCCAGACGAUUCCUACCUCGGUCGACCUCCAACAGCUUGCACGGCGGUGCGGGUGACCCGCAGGUGGCAGGCCUUGAGUGAACGCCCAGCCAGUGGCGCUGCCCCGCGGAUGUUACUGGGCAACGUGCGUGUGGCCAUGGUCUUGGCUAGACAGUGCAGGCCUCCAAUGCCUCCCUGUGCAGACUUCUUCUCUUUGAGCCUUGGGGAGGAGAGGCCCCUGUUCUCCCGAAGCAGCUCUUUGGCCGAGCAGCUUCGCGUCGGGAGCAUCGGCACCUUGGAGGCGACCGCAAGACGAGUCACGGCCAAGGUCUUUCUCCUUUGCACCGUGUACCUUUUCCUCUCCUAGCCCGCGGACAGCACCAUGUAGUUUUCAUUUGAAUGAAGAUGAGCGCUAUCCUGCAACGUUUGCCUCAGGUUGUUGAGGUGAUGUUGAGCAGAUUCGAAGCAACAUCCAUGUCCAUGCACGAAGCUUCUGCGCGAGAGGUUUGGAUCAGUUGGAGGAGCCUUGCGCAUGUAUUCAAAGUGGAAGACUUCUGAAAUCUUCAGCUGAAGGGGACAUGAGCCAUUUCCUAGUUUUCCCCUUGGUCCGCAGCUGCUCUACGGACACAGCAAAGCGAUCAAUCAAUCACCUUACUUCGCAAGGAUUGUCCUGGGAGCUUUUCUUGCUUCCUGAAUCCACUGCUUGGCCUGCUUACUGCUGUCUAUGAAACUCUGCAAAUCUUUUUUUGACCUUUGGAUGUUUGGCUUGCCUUUCACAGAGGCCAAUUGGAUGUUUUGCCAAAUGGAGCCCUGUGGUGCCUUGAUGUCGGUGCCGAAGCUCAAUCACAUCACGAGCAGCUCUUUUGGAGGGGGAGAUAAGGGGAUGUUGACCGCCAAGUCCUGAUGGUUGUCUUUGGCGUGCUUAGCCUGCGCAGCUUCACAGAAUGAGCGAGGAGGCGCUGUGGAUACCUCAUGAUACCUCCUUCCGCAAGAAGUUCAUUUGCGUGACAACACCCAGAGCUAGCUUCGACCUUUGUGGCCCGUCAGUGCCCUUUCACGCGCUGUUUCCGGCACACUGGCGUUAUUGGCCCAUCCAAGAUGAGGAAAUAUAUUGAUCGAAGAAGAGGACUGUAAAUCUGGACCAACGCUGGAUAUGCAACAAACCAAUUCUCCAUCAAUUGAUUAC